AUGGCAGUCGGGGGAAAGAGAGGGUCGGAUACGGUGGCCGUAGCCUCGGAGAAGGUUGAGUCGUCCAGUUUGAAGGUGGUCGAGGAGAUUAUUAGAGAUCGGGUACGAGAUUAUCGAAUGAGUGUGGAGACAAGGUCGGUAGAGAACGUGAUGGGAGAAUCGCCAGAAGAAAAGAAGAAAAAGAAGACGGUCAACAGCUCAUCAACGGCAUCAAGCUAG